UCGAUAAUGUUACAUCUCUAGCACAGCUGAUAUUUUGGCGGCAAUUUUUAAUAACAACAAGCUGUAAACAGAAGCAUAAUCCCAGUGAAAAUAAUAAUUCAAAACUAUGCCCGAGGCUGGACAGGAGGUAAUUAAAGCACGUCGUUUCCUAAAGGAUCGACUGCAACGCGACUACACUACCCUUCGUGGCUAUGAAGCCGAGCGUUCCAAUGUACGCCAACUACUUCAGCGCACAGCAGAAAUGGGAGAAUCAAAUUCCUUGUUAUUAAUAGGACCGCGAGGAGCUGGUAAAACUACUCUCAUUAAUUCAGUGCUUACCGAUCUGUUAGAAAACAUGGCGUUUGUGGACAACACGCUUAUUGUGCAUCUCGAUGGCAAUCUCCACACAGACGAUCGUAUAGCCCUUAAAUCCAUUACAGUACAGAUGCGCUUGGAGAAUGCAGCCGAUGGCAAAGUAUUUGGAUCUUUUGCUGAGAAUCUUGCAUUUUUGCUGCAGUGCCUAAAGGCGGGCGAUAAGAAGUCCAAAAGCGUCGUUUUCGUAUUGGAAGAGUUUGAUCUAUUUUGCGCACAUCACAAUCAAACCCUACUCUAUAAUCUCUUUGAUGUAUCACAGUCGGCACAAGCUCCGAUUUGUGUCUUGGGCGUCACUUGUCGCCUGGACGUAAUUGAGCUGCUCGAGAAACGCGUCAAAUCCAGAUUUUCACACAGGCAAGUAUUUCUAUUUCCCAGUGCCCAUCAAUUUGAGGAAUACGCAGCGCUCUUUCAAGAGUUAAUCAGCAUACCAAGCAGCAAGGAGCUAAAGAGCAAUGUGGAUCGAAUUGACAGUCUAGAACUGCUCAAAUCUGAGGCAUUCACCUUUCAACGCAAUCAUUUCGAUAGCGUCGAGUAUACAUUUGAUAAGAGAUUUGUCGACAACUGGAACAAAGAGAUUUCGAAGCUGAUGAAGUCGCCAACUGUAGAGAAAACACUCAAAAUGCUCUACGAUUUUGAUGUCAGUCAGGCGUUUCUAAAGAUGUUCAUCUUCCGCUUGGUGGCAAAGAUAAAACGCGAGGCGCCACACAUAACAGCUGAACUGGUGGCAGCAUUGGCCACUCAAUAUGAAUGCGAUGAUAAAGUGGAUCUACUCUGCGGUCUCUCAGUACUGGAACUGUGUCUCAUCAUUGCCAUCAAACAUCAUUCGACUAUCUACGAUCGCGAUCCAUUCAAUUUCGAGAUAGUUUUUGGACGCUUUAAUAAGUUCGCCAAAGUCUCCAGCACAAUGCAGGGAGUUGAACGUGCCAUUGUGCUGAAAGCAUUCGAGCAUUUGCGCAUCGUCGAGCUCAUCAUGCCGUUAUCAAACAGUGGACUGGGCAAGGUUCAAAAAGAGUUCGAAAUGCACAAAUUGGCACUCACAUACGGACAGAUCCAGCAGGCGGUACAACGUUAUCAGGCAUUGCCCACAGAAGUCGCACAAUGGGCGCAAAGUUCAUUGAUCUGAUCUUUAGCAUUCCUUAAUAUUACACUUUAUUUAUUUCCCUAUUUAAAUACACUUAUAAAAAAAAAAACAA